AUGUUUUUAAUAAUUUCCUAUGCUACUGCAUGGCCAAUGAUUCCCAGUCAAGCAGUUCUCAACCCCUCCGCAUCCCUCCCUGAUGACCAUGGUCUUCAGUAUAGCCUUCCUAUGUUUGACUUACAGCCCUGGGAACGAGUAGAAGAGGUCCGGCUAGCCCGCGAGGGAUACCUAUACGGACCUCCUUUGCUCGGAAAUACAUCCUUCUUUCCUACCGGGGUUUUGGGGGAUGCCAUGGUCGCCCGAGACAGAGCUCAGUGGUUCAGAGAUGUGGAAUAUGUCACCAACAAUGUGUACCCAGAAUCGGACCAGGCAGCUGCGGCAUUGAUAAAGGCGGGAGGCAUACAAUCGCUUUCUAGUUAUGAAGUUAUCUACAAAGGCCAAUGGGCCUCUACCCUCCCAGACGGAGUCGCCGCUGGGAUGUUGACCAACUGGACGCAGGAUCUGCUGUUCUCCAUGGAACGGCUCUCUAUCAAUCCCUAUGUGGUCCGGCGUCUUCAUCCCAGCAAUGAUCAUCUGCCAUUUGGAGUUGACGACGCGGUGGCCCGGCAUCUGACAGCAGGCAGAACCCUGGCCGUCCUGCAUCAAGAAGGACGUCUCUUUUUUGCCAAUCACUCCUACCAGGCCGCAUAUCCCAAAACAGCUGGCCGCUGGACAGCCGCCUGCUCCGCUUACUUCUUCAUUCAUCCUCACUCGGGGGAUUUCCUUCCACUGGCGAUCAAGACCAACAUGGGCAGUGACCUUAUCUACACACCAUUAGACGAGCCCAAUGACUGGCUUUUUGCCAAGAUGGCUUUCAACAUGAAUGACCUAUUCCAUUCGCAACUGUACCAUCUAGCAAAUACGCACGAUGUGGCAGAGCCUGUCCACCAGGCUGCCUUGCGGACCAUGAGUGCUCGUCAUCCCGUCCGUGGAUACAUUGACCGCUUAAUGUAUCAAGCGUAUGCCGUCCGACCCAUUGGCGAAGAAUUUCUGUUCAACGAGGGAGGAUUCUACGACAGUUCCUUCGCGCUUCCAAACUGGGCCGGCAAGAAAUACGCCACUGAUGCUUACUGGGAGCACGCAGGCCACUUCCGGGCCACGGGCUUUUACCGGGAUCUUGCGGACCGUGGGUUAGUGGACUGUUCAUACGGGCCUCCAUUACGGUCCUUCCCGUUCUACGACACGGUGGCGCCCAUGGUCAAAGCCAUCGAAGACUUCACCCGCGUGUUCGUAGAGUCCUACUACCCAGAGGGCAGCCUGAUGGGCGAGGACCACGAGCUCCAGGCCUGGAUUCUAGAGGUCAACGAAGCGGCCAAGGUGAUUGACUUUUUCCCGGCCCCGUUGCUCGCUCGCACAGAUCUCAUCGCCAUCAUGUCCCACAUGGCGUUCCUCUCGGGGAUUGCGCAUCACGCCCUCAAUGGCGCAACGGUCGGAGAGGCGCUGGGGGUACUUCCUCUUCACCCAUCCUCCUUUAGCCAGCCUCUCCCCGACACCAAGGGAAGCAUCGAUUCCCUACUUCCGUGGUUGCAUAAUGAGACCGAAGCGCUGAAGCAGGCCUCGCUCCUUGUGCGGUUUAACCGGCCGUUACUGGACGGACAGAAAGGGAAUCUUCCUCAUAUGUUCUGGCAAUCGAGGUUGUUGGCACCGACGGGGAGCGAUGUCCACCUAGCAGAGAAGAAAUUUCGGGAGACGAUGUUGAGCAUCAGCGAUGAAAUCCGGGCCCGGCACUUCGAUGAGCAAGGAUUGUCCCAGGGGAUGCCGUUUAUCUGGAGGUCUAUUGACCCUCGGAAGAUACCCUAUUACUUGUGUGUGUAG